AUGGCCGACGUCGCAACCAUCCAAACUCCCGUCCCGGUGGAACAAACCUUCCGCGCCUACACCAAAGAACAAGGCACUACCUACGCCAAAGGCCGGCUUGGCUACCAUGACAGGCUCUACGACUUCAUCUACGACCACCACGUCUCAACUGGAGGUCACCCCGACACCCUCCUCGAUGUCGGCUGCGGCCCCGGCACCGUCGCUCGUAAGCUCGGCCCGCGCUUUACACGGGCCAUCGCCCUGGACCCAAGCGUAGGCAUGAUCGACGCAGCCCGGGCCCUGGGCGGGGCCACCUCGACCUCGGAGCCGGUCCGCUUCGAGGUCUCCACCGCGGAGGAGCUCGGGUCCAACCUCUCCGCGCCCGUCGCCGACGCCAGCGUCGACCUCAUCACGGCCGCCACCGCGGCCCACUGGUUCGACAUGGCCGGCUUCUGGACCGCCGCUGCCCGCGUGCUCAAGCCCGGUGGUUCCGUCGCCAUUUGGACGAGUAGCUCAAGAUACAUACACCCGUCCAUGCCCAACGCCGCGCGCAUGCAGCAGGUCUUGAAGGACUUUCGUGACGAGUAUAUUCAGCCGUACAUGGCGCCCGGCAACAUUGUGGGCGAGAAAAUGUACGAGACGUUGCCACUGCCGUGGGACCUCGGAAAGCCGGUGACGGAAUUUGACAAGAGCACCUUUCUUCGCAAAGACUGGAACAAGAAUGGCACAAUCGGACCGGACGGGGAGUUCUUCUUGGGCCAGCAGCAUCUGGGCCUGGAUCACAUUGAAAAGUACUUAGAGACGGUCAGCCCCGUCACGCGGUGGCGUGAGGCGCACCCGGACGCCAUCGGGACGGAUCGAGACGUGGUCAAGAUGGCCGUAGGGAAGAUUGCGAGUUUGCUCCACGAGGCAGGGAUGGAGCCAGGGAAGGAAAUCAUCACCACUGGCGUCGCCGGUGCGCUGAUAAUGGUGAAAAAGAGGGAGUAA